AAUUGCACCAAACACUUUUGACACUUAGUCUGACAUUUGGAUCUCUCUCCUGCAUUUCUUUAAAUUCAGUUUGGACGGUAUCAAUUUAAAAUAUGUCUAUCCUUAAUCAACUGUGGAACCUUUCCUAAUUCUAAGAAUUGUGUUACUAGUAGCAUUUACCACAAAUUCAUCAUAUGCCCAUUUCCUUUCACAUAUAUUGAUUUCUUCCCUGAUCAGUAUUGUCCUAUUAACUUGGCUGAGUUGGACAUAUAUAGAGCAUGAAUGUAGAAGACAUAAUGAAGAUAGCAUGGCAGGAGAGGGUGGUAGGAAAGAGAGAUCCUGAGUAAAGCGGAGGAAGCAAUGGAAUCAAAGAAGAUGGUAAGCAGGUGGACCUUAGUGCUGCUUUUGGGCAGAUUAAGAUGUCAGAUGCUUGAUCCAACUCCAGAUGAUGGGAUAAGGGGAAGGAGUACUGGUGAUGGUGCCACCUAGGAGUCCCUGUUAUGGACCAGGAUCUAAUUGUGUCUAGGUACUGUAAAAACACAGGGGAAAAAAGUCAGGUCCUGCCCCGAAGAGCUUACGGUCUAAAUAUAAGCCAAGAGCUAACAGGUGGAUGCAGACAGAUGGAGUACAAGCAAACAGACCGUAUUGGUCAGCAUGAGAGGCAGUGAUCUCAGCCUCUCAAGUUUGUUUGUUUGUUUUUGUUGUUGUAGGCCUCACAGCAAAGUAGAGUUUUUGAGGAGGAAUUUGUUUUGUGGAUGUGGAGAACUUGCAAGUGUGAGGAGCUGCAUGGGAGAAAGCACAGAGAUGCUUGCUUGAGAAUUGAACAAAUGGGCGAUGAAGGCUGACAUGGGCUGAUUUGAAGCAGGGGUCAACUUUUCAAUACUGUGACUGAGAGAAUAGAUAGAAUGGGGAUAGGGCCUUGAAAGAACAUGAGUAGCUUAUGUUUGAAAUGAUAGAGAAGAGAGAGUCAGUGAAAGGAUGCAAAGAGAGGGGGUGACAUGGUCAAAGUGAUGGACUAGGAAAAAUAUCUUAGCCAUUCAGAAUGCUGCUGCAAUCAGUGGAACAAGAUUGCAUUUGUCAAGGCCAGCGAGAAAGAUGUUGCAGUAGCCAACAUGUGAGAUUAUGAGAACCUGGACAAGAAUUCUAGGUCUGUUGACGGAUAGGAAAGGCUGUAUCUUAGAGCUGUUGUGCAGAAAAAGUCUGCAAUACUUACACGUAGUCUGGACGUGAAGACCUAGCGAAGUCUUAAUUGAAGAUAACGCCCAGGUUACAGGACUGAGUGGCAGUGAUCAAGAAAGGAGGUCGUGGGAAAGGCUUGUGGGGAAGAGUAAGAGUUCUGUUUUUAGCCAGUUUGAGCCUGAGUUGUUGGCUAGGGACACCAUCCCUUCCCAUCGUGGCUAAUAGCCAUUGAUGGACCUAUCCUCCAUGAACAUAUCUAGUUCUAUCCAAGGAAAUGGAUGGGAGUCUAAUACUACAGUGGUAUAAACAAUGAUGGGGAGGAAGAGGCAACUCUUUCAGAGGAAUUGAAAUAUGUUGCACCUUAAUUUAAAGUGGCUUUGAGGCUGUACUAUAUUCACUAGAUUUAUUAAAUCCUACAAAACUACAUUCUUGCAGUCUCACACUCACGUCUCAUAGAAGAUUAAGGUUGGAAGAGAUCUCAGGAGGUCAUCUAGUCCAACCCUCUGUUCAAAGCAGGACCAACCCCAACUAAAUCAUCCCAGCCAGGGCUUUGUCAAGCCGGGCCUUAAAAACCUCUAAGAUUCCACCACCUCCCUAGAUAACCCAUUCCUUAGACUAUGUUGAAUAUUGCAUGAAUAUAAACCCAUUCCUCAGACUACGUUUGAAUGUUGUACAGCAACUGACUCCUUGUUGGUAAAAGAUAGAUCUAGGUUGGGUUUGCCUUCGCUUUUGAGAUCAUGCAAUUAAGAUGGUCUCUAAAACGCAUAAUCUCUCUGCCUGUUAACAUUUCUCUGUAUUUGUCAUGCAAGAGAGUCUAGGUAUAGUUUCCUGAGAAUACUUACUUUGUUCCUGACCAUAAAACCAUUAGUCUGUUUCAAGUUAGGCUUUUAAAUCUCUCCUUCCAUCAUGUCUACCUUGUCAAUAUUUCUGUGGCUCCAGAGAAGUAAAAAUGCUAGGGCACAAAUUAUUUUUAGUCUCUCAAAUCACUGAAUUAUGGUGUAAGAGUGUAGUAUGAGCAAACAUUGCUCAACAACAAACUCUUUUACGCAGUACAGGGUCGAGUACUGAUUAUAUAAUAAAGACAAUUUUUAAAUUGAGUGAAGGGAAGUUUGGAAAAAUCUUUGGGGAAGGAUUUUCAAAGGAAGUAGGAGAACAAGUCCCACUGGAAGGCAAAGAUGCUUAAUAAAAAUCUCACCCUAGGAGAAAGACAUCAGGAACAGGAGAUGAUGAUGAAUUCUCUUCCCAGGGGGUCCAGUGGGAGGUACUUCUAUCCUGUGGGGGUAAUUCAGGCCAAUCCAACAAGGUGCUGUUGCACUAUGACCAUAUCAAACAUUUACCAAGUUUAUGUAAACGUUGCUGGUACAAGAUUUUCUUGUUUGUCUAUGUGAACUAAAUAAUUGGAGAGAGCUUCGAUAUCUGCCAGCAAUAUAUUUAGCUCCAAGGGUAAAACUUUCAAAAGCACCUAAGUGACUUAGGCACUUAAACGUGUGCCUCAUUGAAAGCCAGUGGGAUUUAGAUUCUUUUCUUCAUCCUGCAGGCACCAUGCUACAGUCCUCUGUUUGAGGCAGUAGAGAUCAGAUCAAAUCCCUUUCUAACUGGCAGACAGGUUGUCUGGGCCCGGUGGAACUGGCAUGAAGGACUUACCACAUCUGCAGUGCUCCCCCUCUUUGUCGGGGCUCAGCUUAUUAGCUAGUUCCUUAUUAUUAUGUGGAGUUAGAUAUAAAUGUGGGUUGUUGGUUCAAGGUGCAUUAUUCUAUUUGUCAAUCACUUCUGCACUUCUCAUUGAUAACUGAAAAAUAAUUCUCAGUGGUUUAAGUUCUUAGCUAGUUACCUUGACAUCCUAGGAAACCUAUUAGCAGGAGAGGGUAAUUGUGUUAUGUGUUAAAAUGAUCCAAGUGUUCUAAUGUGUGCUUUGUAAACAGCUAUUUUACAAGGUCGUCUUUGCUUUCUCACUGGCCAAACUCCCUUUAUUUUUCUUGUUGGACAGAUAUUUACAAAUAACGCAGACAUUUUUCAGUCUAAUUUCAUUCCCCUUCUUCUUUUAGGACCUGAUUCUGUGAGGUGUUAACCAUCCUCCACCUCCAGCAUGAAGCUGUAACUUUCUCCUUUCCUCCCUAGUUUUAUGCCUUCCUAACAAGCCAUUCACAUUUUGAAUCCAGGAGAAUGGAACUCCUUCCGUUUAAGUGAUGUCCUCCAUUGGAAGCUGCCAUUCCAAAAGGGGAGAAGAGGAGGACUCCUGACUGCCCUGCCCCCAGUGAAAGUCUCCCACACGUGGCAACUACCUUGGGGGAAGAAUGGCAAGGGGGCAGCUUGGUACCACUUUGCCACUUCCUGAUCUUUUUGCGGGACAAGAAAGAUGGGUUUGGAGUGGGGAGGUGGGGAAGCAGGCCUCCUUCAGGCAAUAUUGGGAGAAGGGCCCUCCACCAUCCAGACAGCUCUGUGUGGGCUUUCCUCAGUCAAGCAGAAAACCUUUAGAUAGCUACUCCACCAUCCAAGCAGUAGUCCUUGUAUGGGGGUGAAAGAGUUUUCCCAGAGCAUAGGGAUUUGUGAGGUUGAAGGUCUUCCCCCAUGCCCGCCAAUAAAUGGGCUCUGUGGGACUGCCAGUCCCCCGUGACCCUACAGGGAAUGAGGAGGUCCCUUCGUAAAGAGGAGCAACAAGAGCAAGUUAGGUUUGGAAGGGAGCCCUGUGCAGUGGUGAGGUGAUCCUAAUUGUUACUUUGCCUGGGGCCUAGGUUUGCCUUAAUCCAGCCGAAGCCUACCAUGUGGGUGGGAGUGAAGCCUGCACUGCUGCUGCUUGUGCUGUCCCUGAUCUGAGUAAAGACAGACUCCAGAGCCAUCACCCCAGCACUAAACACUAGCUUUUUAAAGAGCUCAGCUCCCAUUUAGACAGCAAAGUAAGUGGCCAGGUUUGCAAAAUAGCUCAGCAUGUUGUACACUGCUCACUUCUGAAAAUCUGGCUAUAAGCAUCAUAGAUGGAGCAUCAGGGCUCAGCACUCUUGAAAAUGUGCCCCUUAUUAGUUGCCUAAACACGAGCUGAGCUAUUCUGAAACUGUGGCCCCACAGUCACUAUUUAAAUAUUUUAAAAGAAAUUGGUGAAACCCCUGCUUUCUCUGACCGUUCAGAGUAGUGAUCACCAGAUAUUACAUGCUGAACUGGGGGCAGUGGGAGGCGUUAGUGGUGCAGGAGGAGAGUCCUCUGAUAGAGAUAUAAAUACCAGUAUGUCACUUAUAUUUGGGAGCCACAUGUAAAUAACUUGACAUGCUGAGAGAAGCAGACUGGUGAGGGAGAGUGGGCAGCAAAGCACCUUUCAGGAGGAACUGCUGGGAUCAGUUUUAGAGGAACCACCAGGAAUCUGUCUGCUGCAUUCCAAAGGAAUGUAUGCCUAGUGUUCUCGUUCUCCCAGUCUGUAUUCUUGCUGGGGCUCUAUUCCUACAGAAGAGAAGCCUGAGCCUGGUGCCUAAUAGUGCCACAGCUUCUCCUGCUGUUCUCAGAACUCAGGCUCCACUGCUGGGCAGAUUUGCGAGGAGCCUGCAGCAAAAGCCAUGGCUCCCCUACAGCAGAGGAUUUUGAUCAAAGGGGGGAGAGUGGUGAAUGAUGACUACUCGCAGCUGGCUGAUGUGUACAUGGAGGAUGGAAUAGUGCGGGCAGUGGGACCACACCUGCAGCUUGGGGCACCUGCUGGGCUCCGAGUUAUAGAUGCUUGCAACAAGCUGGUGCUGCCUGGGGGGAUUGAUCCCCACACACACAUGCAGUUCCCCUUCAUGGGCACCCAAUCCAAAGAUGACUUCUACCAGGGAACAAAGGCUGCUCUAGCAGGAGGCACCACUAUGAUCAUCGACUUUGCAAUACCUCAGAAAGGCUGUUCCCUUGUUGAAGCCUAUGACACAUGGAGGAGCUGGGCAGAUCCUAAAGUCUGCUGUGAUUAUGCACUGCAUGUGGCAGUUACAUGCUGGAGCAGCAAGGUCAAGGAAGAAAUGAGAAUUCUUGCUGAAGACAAAGGGGUCAACUCCUUCAAGAUGUUUAUGGCCUAUAAAGAUCUGUAUAUGGUUAAAGAUAGUGAACUAUAUGCAGCUUUUUCCCAGUGUAAGCAAAUUGGAGCGAUUGCUCAGGUCCAUGCAGAGAAUGGGGAUUUGAUUGCAGAGGGCGCAAAGAAGAUGUUAGCACUGGGGAUAACUGGCCCUGAGGGACAUGCACUGUGUCGUCCUGAAGAGGUGGAAGCAGAAGCCACACAGAGAGCAAUCACCAUAGCAAACGUAGUGAACUGCCCUCUUUAUGUAGUUCAUGUAAUGAGCAAAUCUGCAGCGAAGGUGAUAGCUAAUGCACGAAGAGAAGGGAAGGUAGUAUAUGGGGAACCUAUUGCUGCUAGUCUUGGUACAGAUGGCACUCACUACUGGCAUAAAGAAUGGCAUCACGCCGCAGGACAUGUCAUGGGACCUCCACUGAGGCCAGACCCUUCAACACCGGAUUUCCUCAUGAACUUACUAGCCAAUGAUGACCUAACUGUGACAGGGACUGACAACUGCACCUUCGACAUCUGCCAGAAAGCUCUGGGGAAGGAUGAUUUCACCAAGAUCCCUAACGGGGUGAACGGUGUAGAGGACAGGAUGUCUGUCAUAUGGGAAAAAGGAGUGCACAGUGGUAAAAUGGAUGAAAACAGAUUUGUAGCUGUUACCAGCACAAACGCAGCUAGAAUCUUUAACCUUUACCCGAGGAAGGGAAGAAUUGCUGUGGGUUCUGAUGCUGACAUCGUUAUUUGGGACCCAAAAGCUACAAGGACUAUAUCUGCAAAGACACAUCACCAUGCCAACGAUUUCAAUAUAUUUGAAGGAAUGAUCUGCCAUGGACUCCCAGUUGUGACAAUUUCAAGAGGCAAAGUGGUGUAUGAAGAUGGAGUUUUCAAUGUCACAGCAGGAGACGGAAAAUACAUUACACGUAAACCAUUCCCUGAAUAUGUCUACAAAAGACUCAAGCAGCGGGAUGAGGUUUGCCAGCCUGUCCCUGUUGAGCGAGCACCAUAUGGAGAAGUGGGCUCAGUCCAGUCCAGCAGGGGUGGAAAAUAGACGUAUCCCUAAAGUGUGGCUCUCCCAGAUAAAGCCAGAUGAAAAUUAUCCUGCUUGCCCCAUCUAAGCAAUGCAUUCUGGUGCCCGUCGUGAGCAAGUCCAGCAUCAACUUUUGAAGAGCCAAAAUUUACCAGCUGCAAAAAUAGGCACUACAGAUCUUAAUAUGCUUUAAUGAGUGAAUGUUGUCAUUCUAGUAAUUGCUUUAAAGGACUUUAGUUAAUUGAACCAAACAUAUAUAACAGCAGAGUAACACAAAAAAGCAAAGCUAUGUUAACGCGACGGCUACUCUGCAAAGUCUUACUCUGACUGCUGGGAUGGUAUUUCUUCACAUUUUACUUUUUAAAAACAUCACGUAGUCUAGCAAAAUAAUAAGGCAAUACAUUUCUUUCUAGGGCUUAAACACAAGUUUUCUUUAUUCUUGCCCCAUAAAGCCACCAUAGAUUAAGUCUAAUUCUCUUGCUUCACAUGGUAGAGAGGAGUUCUGUGUUCACGAAUUCACAGAUUAAAGCCAUCAAGGGACCAUUAUAAUUGUCCGGUCUGACCUUCUGCACAACACAAGCCACAAAUUUCACCCAGUAGCUCCUGAAUCUAGUUCAACGGCUUGUGGUUGAAUUACAGCAUAUCUUUUGGAGAGACACCCAGUCUUGCUAUCAAGUGCUGUACUUGGUUCCUCCUUCCUGGAAGAAAUUAAAUGCUGCCAGAGAUCAUUCUGAUCUGGUAGUGCUACCACUGUGCCAAAAGUGGAUGGUGGCCCUCCUGGAGCUCUAUUCCAACCAGUCUGGUCAGGUGCUUCUUUUAUCCCCUCUCACAGGCUAAUCUAGGCGGUGGGAAAACUGGUGGUGAUUCUACAAAUUUUCCAGCAUUACCCAGCUGCACUAGCUCUGCACAAUGACGCACACUAUGCAUAGAGAAGCAUGGAUACAGGAUGCAAUAAAAGUUUAACAGGGCAACUUGGCCCAGAGUAUAUUAGCAAUAACUAGAGCUGAUUUUUAAAAAAGCUUCAAAGUUUAAUUUUUUUGCAAUACUACAAUUUUGCAGGUUUGAAACAGACCUAUUUUUCAAUGGUUUUUUUAUUCAAAAUCAUUGUUGAAUUUUCUUAUGGACCAAAAACUGGGUUUUUGACAAAGGAAAUGUUAACAAAAGUCAGUGUUUCCUGGAGUCUGUUUCUUUAAUAAUAAAAAAAAAGAUGAAAAACUU